AUGCUGUCAAGACUACGAUGGCGGACCCGCAUACAGAGUCAUGAUCUCUUCGCCUUGAGCACAGCUCAGCACUUCUGCCGCAGACCUCCACCGGUCUGCUGUCGCUGGAACCACAAUGCCACAUCAGCAGCACCGCCCGAAUCGAUAGCGUUCGAAGUGUCAGACUUCGUAGAGAACGCAAAAAACGGCGUCGAGGCGCAGCCAGUGCCGGAGGUACCGUCCUAUCCACGGUGGCAGGCACAAGAUCGGCUCAAUACAAUCGCACAAGUCCAGGUUGAACCUGGCGUUAAUGUGCCCUUGCACGAUUUUGCAAAGAUCCAGCAGCAUGCGCUUAAUCCACCCGAGGACAGCAAGGAAGGCAGUCAGAUCUUCCGUGUUGCAGGCAGGGUCCAUGCCAUUCGUCGCAGCGGCGCUCAUCUCGCCUUUGUAGAUAUCGUCAACAGGUCGUCCAUCGGCACAAGGCAUGUCACCAAAGACGUCUUGUCAUCUGGCGACGUGGUUCUGCAGAUUCAAUUCAAUCGGAAGCAACUAGCCGCCAAGUAUACCGAAGAGCACAUCGCACACGCAUUCGGACGGCUACGGCGUAACGACCAUAUCUAUGUCCAUGGCGUUCGAGCGACCCACGCCAAGGACGAGGAUAAAGUACAAUUAGUUGCUCGUGAUCUUCCAGUCGUCCUCACCACCUCACAGCAGCCGCCGCCAGAAAAGAAAGACCCGAAGCACCGCGACACGGACAAGGAGUUCACAGCAGGCCGUCAUGUCGAAAUGCUUACUUGGCCUGCUAUGACCAUACCGGUAGAAGUGCGAUCAAUCAUUCUGACCAGUCUCAGAAAGCAUUUAGUUGAGCACGACUUCAUUGAGGUUCAGACACCCAUCCUCAGCGCUCAUGCUGGAGGGGCUACGGCCCGCCCCUUCAUCACUUCCGCCCAAGAAUUUCCAGAUCGGAAGAUUGCCUUGCGCGUAGCCCCAGAACUGUGGCUGAAACGUUUGAUAGUCGGCGGGAUGAAUCGCGUAUUCGAAAUAGGCCCCUGCUUCCGCAAUGAAGGCCUCGAUCGGACGCACAACCCAGAGUUCACCACUUGCGAAUUCUAUGCCACCUACCUCGAUAUUGAUCGCCUGAUGUACUACACCGAGCUGAUCCUCGGCAAAGUAGCAAUGGCCGUUUACAGCAGAUACAGCCGCAAACGAGGUACCCCAACCCCAUAUAUCGACUAUGACACGCUCGACAUAUUUUCUCAAAGUGCAAGUGGCAAAUGGGGCGGCUCUCUCGGCAACAGCUGGCGAGCGAGGUACCCCAGAAUCGACUUCGUCCUUGGCAUCAACGAACGGCUUCACACGCCCCUCCCAAAUCUAGCAUCUUCAACAGCGCGCGACGAGAUACUGGCAAUAUGCGAGCACCACUCCAUUCCCAUCCCGCACCCGCCAACACUUCCCCGGCUGCUUGACAAGCUGUCUCCCACUUUCUCGAACCGCAAUGCGUUGUCCUUCAUCCAUCCCACCGCCCCCAACGAUCAGCCCGUCGCCGCCCGCGCUGAGCUCUUCUUCAAUGGCAAGGAACUCGUCAACUGCUACGAAGAGGAGAACUCGCCCAUUGAGCAGCGUCGCAAGUUCAUGGACCAGCAGCGCUAUUCGCGCGAUCCGGCAGAUGAUAAAGUUGUGGAUGACGAAGCGAUGAAGGUUGACGAGGACUACAUUCGUGCGCUGGAAUACGGGAUGCCGCCAACUGGCGGAUGGGGUUGUGGGAUUGACCGGCUGGUCAUGUUGAUGACAGGGAUGGAUCGGAUUGGGGAUGUGUUGAGUUUUGGGAGCUUGCGGGCUGUGACAAGGGGAGCGGAGAAGUGGGAGAAAGCUGCUGCUCAUGGUCAAAUUGUGGGUGAGGAGGCUGCUCCAAUCGCGUAG